UGCGAAUUAUUCGGUGCUGGGAGCAGGAUGUGGAGCGGACUGCUGCCCACGGGGGUGACGGAGAGCGACCUGUCCGAGGAGGAGGAGGAGGCGGCCCCGGGGCCGAGCGAGGCCUCAGCUGGGGUGUCCGAGAGCAGCGUCACGAAAUUCCUGGCUCUUCAGAAGAGGUGCUCCGAGCUUCAGGUGGAGUCCAGGAAGAAGAGGCGGAGACGCAGGAAAGGAAAGCAGCGACCUCCGGAGGAACGGAAGAAUAAUGAAAGCCCUGCACCUGGAACGCCCCCCGCUCCCGCUCUGGAGACCCUCCAGAAAUAUUUUGGAGUCAAUGAUCAUCUUGAGCCUCCUGUGUGCAUGAAGAUCAUGAAAAAGUCACGACUGGAGACGAAUUUGGAUGAAGCCCUCAAGAAGGGAGACAUUAAAGAUGCGGAAGAGCUGAGCGACCGCCUGGCUACCCGAGAGAUUGCAGUGAAGAUCACAAAGGCGGCCGCUUAUCACAGACACAUGAAAGCCAGAGAGGAGCCACAGUCUUCCCGGGACGCUGCCAGCAAGACGAGGCCUCCGGCCUGGGGAUUUGAGGCCAAGAAAAGAUGGGAAACGAAAAGUAACAUGGGCUACAUGUGACGGGAGCCACCGACGCGGAUGUACGUGUGGCGGGAGCCACUGACGCGGAUGUACGUGUGACGGGAGCCACUGACGCGGAUGUACGUGUGACGGGAGCCACUGACGCGGAUGUACGUGUGACGGGAGCCACUGACGCGGAUGUACGUGUGACGGGAGCCACUGACGCGGAUGUACGUGUGACGGGAGCCACUGACGCGGAUGUACGUGUGACGGGAGCCACUGACGCGGAUGUACGUGUGACGGGAGCCACUGACGCGGAUGUACGUGUGACGGGAGCCACUGACGUGGAUGUACGUGUGACGGAGCCAGUCAUGACAAUGUAUCUGUCACCAGAGAUGGUAACAUGGAUGUACGUGUAAAGGAGCCGGUAACACAGAUAUAGAGGAGCUCAGCCGCGUCCUGCGGCUUCGCUGUAGCCUGUAUACGAACAUGAACGGGCCACAUCCAACAUGUUUUAUAGAAUGUCUGCUCCUUGGCGGAUGUGCUCUGAGCUCAGGCCGUAAGAUAGCCCACCUGAGAUGAUGGGGGUGAUUGUGCAGCUUUCACUCAGAAGUUUGUGUGAUAGCUGACACCAGUGAACAAUGGCUGCUCUCCUGUGUGUUGUCCGCUAAUAAACCUCUAAAUGACUCA